GCAAGGGGCUAGCAGGCAGCUGCUAGGCUAGGCUAAGCUAAGUCUUCCUGGGCCUCAGCGUAGCCGCGGGAAACAUGUCCAGACACGGGCGGUAUGGAGGAGAGGCCAAGGUGUAUGUGGGAAACUUGGGAACGGGAGCAGGGAAAGGUGAGCUGGAGCGAGCCUUUGGACACUAUGGUCCGCUCCGAACUGUUUGGAUCGCCAGAAAUCCACCAGGUUUCGCCUUUGUGGAGUUUGAAGACCCACGAGAUGCUGACGAUGCCGUCAGAGGGUUGGAUGGAAAGAUGAUGUGUGGCAGUCGUGUGCGGGUCGAGCUCUCCACUGGAAUGCCUCGCCGCUCUCGGUAUGACCGUCCUCCAACACGUCGACCUUUUGACCCCAGUGAUAAAUGCUAUGAGUGCGGAGAGAAAGGUCACUACGCCUACGACUGCCAUCGCUACAGCCGACGAAGCCGACGGAGCAGAUCCAGAUCCAGAUCCAGGUCCAGGUCUCGUUCUCGUUCUCGCUCUCGGUCCAGGUCUCGUGGGAGGCGAUACUCCCGUAGCAGAAGUCGCAGUCGUAGUCGAGGUAGAAGGUCCAGGUCUUCCUCUGGUCGCCGUUCCCGUUCAGGUUCUCCAAGAAGAUCUAGAUCGGCCUCACCCAGAAGGUCCAGAUCCAGAUCCAAGUCCAGAUCCAGAUCCAGAUCCCGGUCCAGGUCUCGAGGCCGCAGCAGGUCCGGCUCCAUGGGUCGCUCUCGCUCCGGCACCCCAAACAGGAGGUGAGUCUGUGAAGCCUCCGAACAUCUGUCGCACCUGGAGACACCUCCACCCAUCAGAGCGCAGCUGCAAGGUCACCUGUUUUUCAAACGUGACAUGAAAUAGAAGUAAAACUCUGUCUGUCUGAUAGUGGUCCGACCUUGAGGAGUCCGGCUGAUGACUGACUUUCUGCUUUUUGUUUGCUUGUAGCUGUGAAGUGUUUUAAGUGUUUUUGCAUAAACACGCUGUUUUCUCUUGUAACAAUGGAUAUUGAUUAUUGAUCUUCCAGCUGAGUUUGUUGUGAUCGUUUAAUUUCACAAACGCUCAAUAAACUUUUAAACAGCGA